UUGGGGGAAUAUUGGAUCAGUGAGGAGAAAUACAGCCCGUGGCUGUGAAACACCCGUGUUCGGUUUGCCAGCGUGAGGGAGCCGGAUCGGUUGUCAGCCGUAGCCGGACGGGUUCGGUGGGGAGAACCCCAGGGCACCGCUGCUGCCUCCCAUGGCAGCGCGGCAGGAGCAGCAUCCCGGAUUCUCAGCGCGGAAGAAGGCUGUGCAAACUCGAAGAAUCGAAGCUUUUCCCAUUAAAAUCUUCCCUUGGAUCGGCGGGCAGGAAAGAUGCCUGAACAAAGCAAUGACUACAGAGUGGUCGUGUUUGGAGCAGCUGGGGUUGGCAAGAGCUCCUUGGUCCUUCGUUUUGUCAGGGGAACUUUCAGGGAAACCUACAUCCCCACGAUCGAAGAUACCUACAGGCAGGUGAUCAGCUGUGACAAGAGCAUCUGCACCCUCCAGAUCACUGACACCACGGGCAGCCACCAGUUCCCUGCUAUGCAGAGGCUGUCUAUAUCCAAAGGGCACGCCUUCAUCCUGGUGUACUCGGUCACCAGCAGGCAGUCCAUGGAAGAUCUUCACCCCAUCUUUGAGCAGAUUUGCCAGAUUAAAGGGGACAUCCAAAAAAUCCCCAUCAUGUUGGUGGGGAACAAAAGUGAUGAGACCCAGAGGGAGCUGGAUGCCAGCGAGGGGCAAGCCUUAGCCAGCAAGUGGAAAUGCUCCUUCAUGGAGACCUCAGCCAAAAUGAACUACAACGUGCAGGAGCUCUUCCAGGAGCUCUUGAAUCUGGAGAAGAGGAGAACUGUCAGUCUCCAGGUGGAUGGCAAGAAAUCCAAGCAGCAGAAAAAGAAAGAUAAACUGCAAGGCAAGUGCUCUGUGAUGUGA